AUGGGUGUCUCUUGGAGCAACCAAAUGCCCGUGGAGGGCAAGACCGUCUUGAUCACGGGAGCCUCGGAGGGGCUGGGCAGAAGCGCAGCUCGACAAUUGGCCGAGAAAGGCGCAAACGUCAUCCUCGUCUCACGAAGCGCCAGCAAACUCGAGACUGCAAUGGCCGAAGCCAAGGCCGCCGCCCGCGACCCCGAAACCCAAAGGUUCCACUUCAUCUCGGCCGACGUUGCGAAACCCGAUUAUGCCCCUCCCUUGCUUGCUGAAGCCGUAGCCUGGAAUAAUGACCAACCCAUUGAUAUCGUGUGGUGCAUAGCAGGCAUGUCUGCCCCGGAUUUCUGGCUCGAGGUACCCCUAUCUCAGACGCGAAGCCAGAUGGAUAUCAACUUCUGGGGAGCGGCCGAGAUAGCCCACGCUGUACUGAGGCUAUGGUGUGCACCCGACGCGCCGGUCGUGCCGGAACCGAAACACUUAAUCUUCACGUCUUCUGUCUUAGCUCUUUUCCCAGUAGUUGGGUACGGGCCAUAUACACCUGCGAAGAGCGCGUUACGUGGAUUGGCCGACACCCUAGUGCAGGAGGUAGAGGCGUAUCCACAGAACGUGAAAGUCCACGUUGUGUACCCGGCCUCGAUUGGUAGCCCGGGUUUCGAACGCGAGAACAAGACGAAACCGGGUGUUACAAAGAUGCUCGAGGAGGGAGACCCGGUACAGAGUCCCGAUACUGUAGCUUCGGGCGCGAUCCGAGGGCUCGAAAGGGGGCAGUACUUCAUAACAACGGCCUUGUACGGAUAUGUUUUCAAAUGGAGUACAUUGGGAGGCUCGCCGAGGAACAAUUGGUUUAUUGAUACAAUCAUGUGCUGUCUCAUUCCAUUGAUAUGGAUAUUUGUGCUCCCGGACAUAUUUUCUAAAAUCAGGAAGUACCGUAAGACGCAUGGGCACCCUGCAAGUUAUCGAGCUAAAGCCAUAGAAGACCAUCAGAGCUCUUAG